CUCACCUCUCCAAAACAAACUCAUCAAAACAACAUUAAAUCUCCAAUCACUUCAAAGAAAAUAAUAUACAUACCAAAAGAGUAUUACUAUACAAAUGGAUGUGGUAGCAAGAUUAGCGUCGCAAAGAGCGGUGGUGAUAUUCAGCAAGAGUACGUGUUGCAUGUCUCAUGCAAUUAAACGGUUGUUUUACGAGCAAGGUGUGAGCCCGGCAAUUGUAGAGAUCGACCAAGACAUGUAUGGGAAAGAUAUCGAGUGGGCCUUGGCCCGAUUAGGCUGUAGCCCUACGGUUCCUGCGGUUUUUGUUGGAGGGAAAUUCGUAGGAACGGCCAAUACUGUCAUGACUCUUCAUCUCAAUGGAUCAUUGAAAAUAUUGCUCAAGGAGGCUGGUGCUUUGUGGCUUUAGCACUCGUUUGAUCUUUACUUUGACCUUUGAAAGUCUCUUCACUUUAUGUACGUUUAAUUAAAGCAUAUGUGAAGAGGAACUACUUUGUAUUGAGAGUAAUUAAAUAUGUCUAUGUGGAGGUUGAUUUAAUGAUUAACUAUAACCCAUUAUGGGCGAGGUCGCAUAAACCUCUGUUUUAUUUCCUACUCCUUACAAAUUAAUUCACAAGUCAAAAAUACAUGCAACUUUCUCUAAGUGACCAAAUACCUCUUUGCAAACGAUUGAAUCAAA